AGGUGCCAUGUGGCUUUCAUUUCUGCUGGCUUUGAUUCACCAGGUUGUCUCCACACAUGAGAAAUAAAGACCCAGGGAUUUGUCCAUUCUCUUUAGCGCAUGGCAUUGAAGAGGAAACAUUUCCUAUUUUAACCUGCUGCGCAAACUUCAAAGGCAGGCAGGCAGCCUGGAAGUAGCUCCUGGUCGCAACCCCUUGUGACUUGCUGCGAGAGUGAGUGACUUGCAGUCACAGGCGUGUAACUUAUUCAGGUCGACCGCUCUCUUCCUGACUGGCAGUCUGCCUCCUCUUUUGUGUCGCUUUGGGGGUUUCAUCAAGCUCUCCCUUGAUGUUUUCCUCCUGCAGUUCUGCCGGAGAAUGGCUGCCAGGGUUAGGACUCUCAGCUACAGGUCUGCUGCGCUUUUCACCUAUUCUGUGUUUUUGCUUCUGCGGCGGGUCGAAGCCCACGGCUAUCAGGACAGCAGUGAAGUCCCAGACAGGGACCAAAGCAGAGAAGAGGAUGUGGCGAAGUGGUGGGGAGAAUGGAGCUCUUGGUCGACCUGCAGUCGGAGCUGUGGCGGAGGAGUUAUGUCGCAGGAGAGGCACUGUUUACAACAGCGACGUAUAAUUUCACAAAGUAAAAAUGGUACCUUUUGCACUGGAUCACCACGACGCUAUCACUUGUGCCAAAUCCAGCCCUGUCCAAACAAUGGUGCCAGUUUCAAACAGCAGCAAUGUUCAGCUUUCAAUGCCAAAGCCUUCAGUGGCCGAUAUUAUCAUUGGGUUCCAUUGUAUCCAGAUGACUACAUUAAUAUUUCAAACAAGCCGUGCGAUUUGCAAUGCACCACUACUGAUGGAGAGCGGCAGCUAAUGGUCCCUGCUCAGGAUGGUACCUCUUGCCGGGACAGAACCUAUCACGGUGUGUGCAUCACUGGACGAUGUGAGCCCAUUGGAUGUGAUGGUCUCCUGUAUUCCUCCAAAAGACUCGAUAAAUGCGGACUGUGCGGUGGGGAUGGCAGCACCUGCUUCCGGAUCUCAGGCACCUACCGACGAGGCAUCACACACUUAGGUUACCUCUUUAUAACAAACAUUCCAGUUGGUGCUUCUGACAUUCAAAUAAUUGAAAGGAGGAAAACAGAAAAUAUUUUAGCUCUCGCAGAUGAAGGGGGCUACUUCUUCUUUAAUGGGAACACUGCAAUUGAUAAUCCUCGGAAUUUCCGAAUAGCGGGAACAGUGUUCAAGUACAGGCGGCCUGCAAACCCACUGUCUGAUGGCUUUGAGUACAUCAUUGCCCAAGGACCUACAAACCAGGGACUGAACGUAAUGUAUUACAACCUCAACGGGAAGAUGCCUCACGUGACGUACGAGUACACGAUCCCGCGGCCACCCGUCCUGAAGUCUGCGCCGCCUGUUCAACGUCCCUUCUACCUCAAUGUCCCCAAAUCCAAGUAUGAAGACAAUGACAACAGCUGGCAUCGAGUCAAGCUCCACUCAGGCCCUAAUGCGCUACAGUCCAACAUGAUCAGUCUAAGUCCGACACCUUGGAAUACAACAAGCACUUUGCACCACCCCCACUUCCACAGUAACUUUAGAAGCAGUUCGCAGCAGAGCAGUCUUCGAGCGAUGUGUAGGAAUAGCUCUCUGAACGCUGCUCUGCCUGUCCUGUGUACGGAGAUGCAGGCCAACCUGUCGGCCAGACUCAGGACUGAGAACUUCACCAGCCACUCCAAAACGGGACUCGGCAGCCAACAACUGGAGGAGCCAAAGCAGGAGCGCAUUCUUGAACAGCUUCAUACGGGUUCAGAGCCCGGCAUUAACACUGGAGCUGAGGAAAGGUUUAGCUACAGCCUGCUAACUGAUUCACUUUACCCACUGUCCAACUCCACCUCAUUUCACCUUUUGAACUUUGUGAAUAACCACAGAACUGAACAAGUGCAGUCACCGGACACUGAAAGCAAUGAGUUUGAAGACGGGGAGAUUGACCACGACAUCAGUCUGGCCGACAUGUACAGAUGGAAGGUAUCGGCGUACGCACCCUGCAGUUCCACAUGUACCACAGGCAUUACCACUUCUUAUGCUAUGUGUGUCAGGUACGAUGGAGUGGAAGUGGACGAGUCUCACUGCGAUGCUGUCACCAGACCUGAGCCAACACAUGAGUUUUGCUUAGGAAGGGAAUGUCCUCCCAGGUGGGAGACCAGCAGAUGGAGCGAGUGUUCUCGGACCUGUGGGGAAGGCUAUCAGUUCAGGACGGUGCGGUGCUGGAAGAUGAUCGCCCCUGGCUUUGACAGCUCCGUCUAUGAUGAGUUGUGUGAAGCUGCUGAGCUGACCAGACCCGUGGAACGUAAACUCUGCAAGAACAAGGGCUGUGGGCCUCAGUGGGAGGUGUCAGAAUGGUCGGAGUGUUCGGCACGGUGUGGGAACAGAGGGAUCAUGAGGCGUGAGGUGCGUUGCUCGGUGGAGCCUCGCUUGUGCAAUGAGUUCACCAAACCGAGCAACAAGAAGGAGUGCACGGGACCACCGUGUGACCGGCGCUGGACUGCUUCAGACUGGGGGCCGUGCUCCGGAGCCUGUGGCGAGGGCCGGAUGAUGCGAUAUGUCGUCUGCAGAAACAAUGAAGGGAAGGUGUUGCCGGACAUGCAGUGCGACACGACAGUGAAACCCUUGGCAGUGCACCCCUGCGGAGAUAAAGACUGCCCCCCUCACUGGGUGUCACAGGAGUGGGAGCAGUGCAAUGCCACGUGUGGUCGUGGCAAGAAGACACGAAGGAUUCUGUGCGCUGGCUUAGAGAAUGGUGUUUACAAGGAGUACACGGAGAGUCAGUGUGGACGUACCAGGAAGCCAGACGAGGAGGCAGCCUGUUUUGAGAGGCCCUGUUCAAAGUGGUUCAAAACAUCGUGGUCACAGUGCAGUAAGACCUGCGGCAGCGGUGUCAAAGUUCGAGAGGUGAAAUGUUACCAAGGAGAUGAGAUUGGACAAGGGUGUGAUCCAUCCACAAAGCCAGAGACCAAAGAGACUUGUGAGGUUCAGCCGUGUCCCACUGAUGCACCAGAUGACAACUGUCAGGAUAAAGCAACAGCUAACUGUGCCCUGGUGCUAAAGGUGAAGCUGUGCACACACUGGUACUACAGGAAGGCCUGCUGCAGAUCUUGUAAGAACAGGGCGUAGACCCACGGACAACUACAACCCUGCAGGGAAACAUUAGGAAAUAAUAAAUUGGUUGGGAGGCAAGGGGUGGAGAGAGAGUGAAGUGAGAACCAAACCCAGAACAAAGCUCAAUCCAAAUUCCACAGCACACCCAAGCAUGACUUAUUGGCAUGAUUGAAUGUUCCCAUUCAACCUCUCUUUUCCUCUUAGCCCCCAAGUGUGGCGGUGUAUUCUGUAGUAUUUUAUGGUGCUAGAUUCCGCCAGCUCUUAAUUCUGCCCUCGAUCUCAGGCCUUGCCCACUUCAGACCGAGAGCCCUGGGACAUGGGCACUUUAAAGUGGCUCUGUCAUUUGUUGGGGGUGGGGGUUUAAACACGGAGCCCUUGUCCCGUGAUCUACCUUCCAAAACAGCCAGAGCCCCAGUUGCCUCUAACCCAGCCCUCCACCACCCCCUUUCCCCUUGCUGACUCACCCUGUAACACUGUGGAGCCAUGAGCCUGGUCUUCAGUCCGUGUCUCGGUCAGCAACAUACGGACUCUCAGGUGGGCAGAGGGGAACCGCUGGCAUUUGGGCAUUUCCCGUGGUUAUGGAAGUUGUAGUUCACAUUGGUCAAAGGCAGUAAAAUAUCACAAGGAGUGUUUGGCCAAUGUGAUGAUACAUUUAGAUUUGUAAAUAAGAACGUUUAAAGGUUAAAACUUGACCUGGUACUAAUUUGAAUACCUAGACGCCUCCCGAUAAUUACAAGUACUGUAUUGUAUUGUUUACAAGCUUACCUGGAGCCAGAGAACUCGUACUGCACCAACGUUUCUUCAGUCACUUGACUUCAAUGCACUUCAUUCCCACCCCUCCAGCUCCUGAGAAUGCCACCAUUUCCUUUUCACUGCUCUGGUGCUCAGGCGUGUGAUAGAGAUACCAUCUCUCACAAUUCACCCCACCCUCCUACUGCCUAUACAUUUUGCCCCUUGUAGCUUACCCCACGGCAGUGCCCAUGAAUUGCAGCAACCUAUUUCAAUGCACUCUUGCCGGUUAGCAGCUCAACGGUCACCUUGGACAUGAGGAAGAGUUGACCAUCCAGUGGAUUCUCAGGACAGUGUGUAAGGCAAUCCGUCACUGUAUGGAAGCAAACCCUCCACAAUGCCCUCCUGACAGGUGAUAUUGUGAUUCUGUGCUGCAUGCAUUUUGGUUGCAAGUUAGAUCAACUUUAUUUAGAAUGCAAUGUGACAAUUUUCUGCAGUUUAAGUUCUCGCUACUCCACUUUCUGCUUUGGAAGGUGAAAUUAACACUCCUUUUGAAUCUAAGUUUGGGACGUAUUUCUGUUAGUUCAAU